CGGCGGCGCGGGCAGCGCGCCUGCGCUGGGCGACCAGCCUCAGUGAGCGGUUGGCGGCAGCGCUGCCCCGUCAACGGCCGCGAGUGGCGGGCGACUCGGGUCUGACGGGGGCAGCGGCGGUGCGGCGGGCUGCGGUCCUGCCAGCUUGCGGCCUGAGACGUCCAGCCUCCUGCCUGGAGAGGCCGGCCGCCCCGCCCCCUUCCCCGUCUCCCUUGCUCCCUCCCUCCACCCGGGCUCGCGCGCUUCAGGCGCAGAGUGAGGCAGCGGGGACGCCCAGGGCACUAGCGGAGGCGGCGGCAUUGCCUCUGCACUCGGACCCGCCCCCUCGUGCCCCGCCCCGCCCCGUCCCGUCCCGUCCCCGCCCUCUCCACCGCCGUCUGCGGGAGCCUGGCAGCUGCAGCCGAGCCGCGGAGCGGGCGACCGGGGCCGGGGCUGUGCGCUCGGGGAGCACGGAAUGUGAGGCUUGGCGGGCCGCAACGCGCUCGGACGCUCGGACCGGCUCGGGGCGGCGACCCCUCCCUGACGCCCGGCUGCGCGCUGGGCUGGGGACUCGCGCUCUUGGUCGCCCUUGCGCGCUCCCCGCGCGGGCGGGACCAUGAAGAAGUUCUCUCGGAUGCCCAAGUCGGAGGGCGGCAGCGGCGGCGGAGCGGCGGGUGGCGGGGCUGGCGGCGCUGUGACCAGCUGUGGCUCCGGCGGCUCGUCCGUGGGGGUCCGGGUGUUCGCGGUCGGCCGCUACCAGGUCACCCUGGAAGAGUCGCUGGCCGAAGGUGGAUUCUCCACAGUUUUCCUUGUGCGUACUCACGGUGGAAUCCGAUGUGCAUUGAAGCGAAUGUAUGUCAAUAACAUGCCAGACCUCAAUGUGUGUAAAAGGGAAAUUACAAUUAUGAAAGAGUUAUCUGGUCACAAAAAUAUUGUGGGUUAUUUGGACUGUGCUGUUAAUUCAAUUAGUGAUAAUGUAUGGGAAGUCCUUGUCUUAAUGGAAUAUUGUCGAGCUGGGCAGGUAGUGAAUCAAAUGAAUAAGAAGCUACAGACAGGUUUUACAGAACCAGAAGUGUUACAGAUAUUCUGUGAUACCUGUGAAGCUGUUGCAAGGUUGCAUCAGUGUAAGACUCCAAUAAUUCACCGGGAUCUAAAGGUAGAAAAUAUUUUGUUGAAUGAUGGUGGGAACUAUGUUCUUUGUGACUUUGGCAGUGCCACUAAUAAAUUUCUUAAUCCUCAAAAAGAUGGAGUAAACAUAGUAGAAGAUGAAAUUAAAAAGUAUACAACUCUGUCAUACAGAGCCCCUGAAAUGAUCAACCUUUAUGGAGGGAAACCCAUCACCACCAAGGCUGAUAUCUGGGCACUGGGAUGUCUACUCUAUAAACUUUGUUUCUUCACUCUUCCUUUUGGUGAGAGUCAGGUUGCUAUCUGUGAUGGCAGCUUUACCAUCCCAGACAAUUCUCGUUACUCCCAUAAUAUACAUUGCUUAAUAAGGUUCAUGCUUGAACCAGAUCCAGAACAUAGACCUGAUAUAUUUCAAGUGUCAUAUUUUGCAUUUAAAUUUGCCAAAAAGGAUUGUCCAGUCUCCAACAUCAAUAAUUCUUCUAUUCCUUCAGCUCUUCCUGAACCGAUGACUGCUAGUGAAGCAGCUGCUAGGAAAAGCCAAAUAAAAGCCAGAAUAACAGAUACCAUUGGACCAACAGAAACCUCAAUUGCACCAAGACAAAGACCAAAGGCCAACUCUACUACUACUGCCACUCCCAGUGUGCUGACUAUUCAAAGUUCAGCAACACCUGUUAAAGUCCCUACUCCUGGUGAAUUCGGUAACCACAGGCCAAAAGGGGCACUAAGACCUGGAAAUGGCCCUGAAAUUUUAUUGGGUCAGGGACCUCCUCAGCAGCCACCCCAGCAGCAUAGAGUACUCCAGCAACUACAACAGGGAGAUUGGAGAUUACAACAACUCCAUUUACAGCAUCGUCAUCCUCACCAGCAGCAGCAGCAGCACCACCACCACCACCACCUACUUCAGGAUGCUUAUAUGCAGCAGUAUCAACAUGCAACACAGCAGCAACAAAUGCUUCAACAACAGUUUUUAAUGCAUUCGGUAUAUCAGCCACAACAUUCUGCAUCGCAGUAUCCUACAAUGAUGCAGCAGUAUCAGCAGGCUUUCUUUCAACAGCAGAUGCUAGCUCAACAUCAGCCGUCUCAACAACAGGCAUCACCUGAGUAUCUUACCUCCCCUCAAGAGUUCUCACCAGCCUUAGUUUCCUACACUUCAUCACUUCCAGCUCAGGUUGGAACCAUAAUGGACUCCUCCUAUAGUGCCAAUAGGUCAAUUGCUGAUAAAGAGGCCAUUGCAAAUUUCACAAAUCAGAAGAACAUCAGCAACCCACCUGAUAUGUCAGGGUGGAAUCCUUUUGGAGAGGAUAAUUUCUCUAAGUUAACAGAAGAGGAACUGUUGGACAGAGAAUUUGACCUUCUAAGAUCAAAUAGGCUCAAGGAGAGAGCAUCCUCAGAUAAGAAUGUAGACUCACUUUCUGCUCCACAUAACCAUCCUCCAGAAGAUCCUUUUGGUUCUGUUGCUUUCAUUUCUCAUUCAGGUUCUCCUGAAAAGAAAGCUGAACAUUCAUCUAUAAAUCAAGAAAAUGGCACUGCAAACCCUAUCAAGAACAGUAAAACAAGUCCAGUAUCUAAAGAUCAGCGGACUGGAAAGAAAACCUCAGUACAGGGUCAAGUGCAAAAGGGGAAUGAUGAAUCUGAAAGUGAUUUUGAAUCAGAUCCCCCUUCUCCUAAGAGCAGUGAAGAGGAAGAGCAAGACGAUGAAGAAGUUCUUCAGGGAGAACAAGGAGAUUUUAAUGAUGAUGAUACUGAACCAGAAAAUCUGGGUCAUAGGCCUCUCCUCAUGGAUUCUGAAGAUGAGGAAGAAGAGGAGAAACAUAGCUCUGAUUCUGAUUAUGAGCAGGCUAAAGCAAAGUACAGUGACAUGAGCCCUGUUUUCAGAGACAAAUCUGGCAGUGGACUAAACCAAGAUCUUAAUACAAUACUCCUCACCUCAGCUCAAUUAUCCUCUGAUGUUGGAGUGCAGACUCCCAAACAGGAGUUUGAUGUAUUUGGCGCUGUCCCCUUUGCAGUGCAUGCUCAACAGCCCCAGCAAGAAAAGCAUGAAAAGAGCCUUCCUCAACACAGGUUUCCUGCUGUGGGACUUGAGCAGGAGGAAUUUGAUGUAUUCACAAAAGCGCCUUUUAGCAAGAAGGUGAAUGUACAAGAAUGCCAUGCAGUGGGGCCUGAGUCACAUACUCUCCCUGGAUAUCCCAAAAGCGUAGAUGUAUUUGGCUCCACUCCAUUUCAGCCCUUCCUCACAUCAACAAGUAAAAGUGAAAGCAAUGAGGACCUUUUUGGGCUUGUGCCCUUUGAGGAAAUAACAGGGAGCCAGCAGCAAAAAGUCAAACAGCGGAGCUUACAGAAACUGUCCUCUCGCCAAAGGCGCACAAAGCAGGAUAUGUCUAAAAGUAAUGGGAAGCGGCAUCAUGGCACACCAACUAGCACAAAGAAGACUCUGAAGCCUACCUACCGCACUCCAGAGAGGGCUCGCAGGCACAAAAAAGUGGGCCGCCGAGACUCUCAAAGCAGCAAUGAAUUUUUAACCAUCUCAGACUCCAAGGAGAACAUUAGUGUUGCAUUAACUGAUGGGAAAGAUAGGGGGACUGUCUUACAACCCGAGGAGAGCCUGUUGGACCCCUUUGGUGCCAAGCCCUUUCAUUCUCCAGACCUGUCAUGGCACCCUCCACAUCAGGGCCUGAGCGACAUCCGUGCUGAUCACAAUACCGUCCUGCCUGGGCGGCCAAGACAAAAUUCACUACAUGGGUCAUUCCAUAGUGCAGACGUAUUGAAAAUGGAUGAUUUUGGUGCCGUGCCCUUUACAGAACUUGUGGUGCAAAGCAUCACUCCACAUCAGUCCCAACAGUCCCAACCAGUCGAAUUAGACCCAUUUGGUGCUGCUCCAUUUCCUUCUAAACAGUAGAUACUUCUGAUGGAUUCUUGGCAUUAACUCCUGUUUCAAAAAAGUAUGAAUAGUUUUAUGAAUUUGAAAGACAAUUUGAUAGUUCUUUUUAUCAUUCUUAAAGAUCAAUCAGAAUAGGUGAUUUUUAAAUAAACCAAAUAGAAAAAUGAAGUAUCUCUACAGGGUAGUAACGAUGCCUCUUCCAAGCAGGAGAAAAAAGAGCUAAAUUGCAAGCUCUAACUAAGGAUUUCUGCUACUGACAUCACGACACAGAAAUGCAAGUGUGGUACUUCCACUGAAAGUACACCUUUCCAGGUGUGUAGCCACUGAGAAGGGACAGUAAAACUGUUAUUUUUGAUACCAGAAUGUCAUUUUUGUGUGCAUAUCCCUAAAAUUAGGGUUAUUUGUACAUAUACUAGUUAUGCUUGUGAAUUCUUUUUAAGGUCUCUUCUAAUUUCCACACAGUUAAAAUCAAUCUAGUUCUCUUAAAGCAUUAGAAAGUUAUUAUCUGGAGAGUGCAGAGAUUUCAGUCCAUACACCUUUCUCCACAAAGCAGAGCCAGAAGUAACUGACAAUUGUGCCUAAAACUCUGUUUCAUUGUAAAAAACAAGUGCCAUUAAUAUGGAAUAUGUAGAUAAACAUAUGAAAUAAUGUUUAUGUUAAUUAGCUCAAUUUAGCUGUUUCACAAUUUACAUAUUUCAAAACAAUGUUAUACAUUAUAUAUAUAUAAUUUUUGUCAAAACAAAUUUUAAGAACGGACUAUGGCAUAGAAGCCUGGAACAAAAAUAGAAAGAGAAAUAUCUGACAUUUGAAAGGAAAUAAGAAAAAAUUAUAUAGAAGAAAAAACAUUCACUACUCUAGAUAAACACUUUAUAUUGCUUAUGAAUGGCUUCUUGCCCCAAACUUUUAUUAUGGCCCUAAUAAAGCAGAUUAUUGGAAAAAAAAUAGGGAGUAAGGACAAGGGUUAUAUAAAAAUUUUAUUUUAGGAAAAAUGUAGCAGAAACGGAAUUUUCAAAACAUGUACAAUGUGAAAUCAUGUUGCAUUUAAUAAAGUACUUUAUUAGCAACUUCACCAAAUAUUCCCCAAGUCAUAAGCAACAAUUAUUUUUAUUAGGUUUGGGGAGUGUAGUAGUUUCAAUAGAGUGCACAGAAUGGUGACACCCACAAAGCCUUAUAGGCAGGAUUCAUGCAUCCUGCUGCAAGUACCUCUGCACUAAUAAACCAGAUCCUAAAAUGCAUAUAAGGUGGACUAGCAUCUUAACUCUGCUAGUUGAUUAUGUCUUUACUGAAAAGAACCCAGCUACCAAUUUGCCUUUUUUUACACCACAAAUCCUAAUUAGAAACUUGAGAUUUUAUAGAAAUUAUUUAAUGAUAGAGAUUACAUGUGAAUUAAUGUGAAUAUAGUAUCUGUGCUUCCUGUGUCUAUAACUAUUUUAAGUUAUAAUUAACUGUGCUGCGCUAUCAGAUUAACAUUUGGAAGUUUCUAGAACAGUUAAUACUAUUUACAGAAAGGAGAAAUUCAUCAACUGCCAUGCUCUUUGAGUUUUAUAUUUUAAAUUAACUCUCUUUGAACCCAAUUAAAGUAUAUUUUAUGAGUAAUUUUAUUAGGAAUCUCUUAAUUAUAGUGCCCCAAUGGGAUAAGCUAUUUGCCUAUUUUCACAGUUCUGAACUUGGAAAGAAGCAAAGUAUAUGUAACUAAACCACAUAUUUGUCUUUUUAUUGCUUCUUUUCCUUCUUUUAAAUGCUAACUCAAAUACAAAUUUGUGGAUAGGGAAGCAAUAAGUGAAUCACAAUGUAGCAGAGGCAGACCAAGCAAUACAUUAUUACUUAGAGUUGUACUUUUAGGCAGGACUGCACGAAUUACUUGUCCUUGUGCCAAAGGCAAAUAAUGUUUGCACCCUUUUUUUUUUAUUCUCAGGUUGAUGAGAAUGCAAAUGCUCAAGUAGAUGUUUAAAAACUACAAAAUAGGUUUAAGUGAUACUUUCUAUUAAAAGUGAGGAGUUGAUGAUUACACGUAUAAAUUCAUGAACUACAGUAGGUUUGUAUCAAACAAUAAUUUUUUAAAAUGAAAAUCUGUUGAGGUAUACACAAUAUGCUUCUUGAUUGUAUUAGUCCUUGGUCUGUGCUAGAUGGCAUGAGUUUCAUCACUUAGAAAAGGGGUAGAGGAUAAACUAAUGUGGUAUCCUUCAGAUGUAAACAGGAAAGACAUAUAUUUUUACUUGCUUUUCAAUACACUGAAUAAUUUUAAAUGAUUCAGACACUGAUGUAGACGCUUUGGCUUAUAAUGUUGGAUAAAUUCUGAGGAAACAACUCUGACAGCUUAAAAUAUUUACAUUCUUAUAACACAGCACAGUGACUUUCUUUCAAGAUUGUAGCUCAGAGAAAAGAUAAAGGAUUAAAUUGGGGGUUCAAUGGGAUAGAAAUGGAGAGAUUCCUUUGUGUUGAAGUAGAGGCAUUUAACUAAGGAGUAUAGAUUUAUACUUUGCAUUUUCAUUCAUCAUCCCCCAGAAUCAUGGUCAUGGCAUAGGUCACUCCACACAGCUGAUGCUCAGGGAGAAGAAAGCUCCCAAGGUAUGUGAAAGUGCUUAACACCUGGCACACAGCACUCAGUAAAAGUGUGGCUCUAUUAGGGGAUGGUUCAAUUUUGGUUUAAGGAAGGAAGGUUAUAUAUAUACCACUAAGCAAAUAUAUAUAUAUGGAUUUUUUUCCCCUAAUAUUAUUUGGUGUCUCCUCUGCUUCUUUAGGAUGUAGUUAUAACUCUAAACCUGUUAUACUUGAACAUCACUAAGAGAAGUAAAUUAUUAUGAAGCUAGCAAAACUCUGAGGCCAAAGUUGUUUCCUAACAGCUUUAAUAAUGCUUGUUGAUUUUGAAUAAUCCUUUAAAAAGUGGACCAUUUGCUCAUUUUAAUAUUAUCACAUCAGUAAAGUGUUAGUAUUAAAAAGAUCAGCUUUUUAUGGCAUUGAAGAAUGUAUCUGCUAAGACACAAAAUUGCAUGGUAAGUAUAUUAGGUGGAGGAGAAAAGCUUGUAGGCCAGAUGAAAAUUUAACUGACUAGAAUAUUUAUUCAGGAGUGUAAUUAUCUUGCCCUACCCCAAUCCCUGUGUAUGUGUGUAUUAUGACUAUCUGGAUUUGCAAACAGACACAGCUUUUAAUCCCACCCUGUUUAUUGUUUAAGAAUGAUAGACUGUUGUCCUCUUGCUAAUGGAAAAUCUAAGGUGGAGCUCACUUUUCUAUGCUGAAUUCACCAGGCAGAACGGUUUUGUUCAAGUCAGCUACUCUGCUUGGUUUACUUUAGGUUUUGGUACUUCACGUAAGCACUGUUAGAAGGUACAAGUGUAUUAAUAUCACUAGUUUUGAGGAGCUUGGGUACAUUUGUGUUUAAUAUAUUUAGAAUGUGCCGAAAACUUUUUUCUCUUUUUUUUCUUUUUAGCAAACCUAUUAUCAUUUUAGGUCCAAUUAUUGAGUUGACAGUCUACUGUGAGAAUGAGAUGACAUACCUACUGUGAGAAUAACAUAAAUGAUGAAUAGUUUGACAACUUCUAUACUCAGUUGUGUUUUAUACAUUAAGAUAAAAAUAUGUACACACACAUGCAUGUCACAUCUCUCUACUGUGGAUUUAAUGUGAAUUUUUAAAAAAUGGAAUUGCAACCACAAUCAUAUCUAAGAGAACAUUCACUCCUAGUGAGGGUUUACAAAAGCUACUAAAAGAAUAAGGUAGAUGAUAAUGCAAAGGGUCAUGAUUUGGGGUUAUUUUGUUUUAUUUUAAAAUUUAUAGUGCUACUUUUGAAAGAAUUGUUUUUAUUACUAUGCUGUUUUUAUGAUUGAAAAGUCAUCUAAUAGAAGCUGUAUAGAAGCUACUUUUUAAUUGCUGGCGAACAGCUUUAAGUGCACUUUCUUUGAUUACACUUCCAUUUUUUGUUAAACUUGAAUUUUCUGAAGACUUUUAUGUAUCACUAAGCAAAUAACUUUAACCUUUAAAUAAAUCAAAUUUGCAUCUUUAUUGUAUUUCUACUUGUUACAAAACAUACUUGCUAAAGUAACUUCAGUUCUCAAAUAUAGCUGGGAAAGUUAUGAGAUAGACUCAGUCUCCCCUUCCCAGGCCCCCCCACCCUGCCCUAUCUAAUUAAGCACUAACUGAUUUUAUUACUUUAUUGCCUUUACAUUGCUUAUGCUUUUUGACUGAAUUCUGUCCCUGAUUCACUAUGUUUUGUUUGAAAUUUAAAGUUAUUUUCUUACUGUAUUUAUCAUACCUGUUUUAAUAAUCUGUUUUCUUUAAAUGCAAUAAAUCCCAAAUGGAUUGCAUAUUCUUUAUAA